AUGGCGUCCGAAUUAGCAAUCAUCCUCAACAUGCUCGCUAUUAUCAUCAGCAUUACCUAUCUCAUCCUUCAUCGACUCCGCCUCUCGCGACUUCACCAAAACGUGGAAAUAGAGCCAGUCUCCAUCGAAGCCUUAAAUCUAGCCCAGAAGCUUGCCACAGCACUUCCCAAUAGCGUUAUCCUGCCACAUAACGCUGAAGACUUCAAAAAAGGUCUAAAAGCGUACUGGGCUGAACAAGAGAGUGAGGUGAUCCCCGCCUGCAUCGUUCGACCACGGACAGUGCAAGAGUUAAGCACAGCGAUCAAGAUCUUCAAGCGAGAAUAUGAUGACCGAGAAAGCGGACAGGAUGCUAACAAGGGUCCCUAUGGUGGAAUCUUUGCCGUGCGAGGAGGGGGUCAUUCUCCAGUUCCUGUAGCCGCUAGUAUCAAGGGUGGUGCUCAGGUUGAUCUUCGAUAUCUGAAUAGUGUAACGCCAUCCGAGGACGGUGAGAGUGUUGUAAUAGGUGGGGGAGCUAGGUGGAUGGACGUCUCGAGGGUUUUGGAUGAGAGGGGACUUGCGGUUGCUGGUGGGAGGAAUGCAGAGGUUGGAGUUGGAGGGUUUACACUCGGUGGUAAGAACUCAACAUUUCAUCGAUGUUAUACUUUUCAAUAUCCUCGUCUACCACACGAGGUUAUCUCCACUUGAGCUCAUUCACCCAUCUAUCAUCUUCCCCCUGGGGUUCUUAGCUUUUUAAGGUUUAUUUACCAACACAAAAACUCCUAGGUGUCCUUUCCUACUUUACUCAUCGCUUUGGUCUGGUCUGUUCCAAUGUCAUCAGUUACGAAGUCGUUCUCGCCGACGGAUCCAUUACCACGGCCUCAGCAGACAACAACCGCGAUCUAUGGAGAGCCCUCAAAGGCGGAUCCAAUAACUUCGGCGUCGUGACAAAAUUCACGCUCAAGAGUUUCCCAUGUGGCAAAAUCUGGGGCGAUUUAAACUACUAUCCCGCUUUCCAAGCCACCAAAUUGCUCGCCGCCUUCCAUGAAACCAUCGAUAAGAUGGAUAACGACGAUUUUAGUCACGGAGCCGGCCUCAUCAUAACCUUCUCCUAUCUCCCAAGAUUCAAUCUUCAAGUCCUCGGAGCCAAUCUCGCCUCCACCGCCUUGCCAGAAAACCCAAAGAAAUGGCCAAACUGCUGGCAAGCCACCCCGUUUUCAUCACUCUGGCGCUACUGGAGUACAUGCAAAGUUCAAACUGUGACCAGCGCAACAUGGGAGAUGGCCAACCUAAAUAUGGGCGGUAGACGACAAACGUUCGGCAGCACAACGAUCCUCAACGAUCCAGCUACUGUCUCUGCCGCCCAUCGCAUAUACACCGAAGCUUUUAAUUUGCUCCGUAGUGUGAACCCAAAAGGAAUGGCAUUCUCAAUAAUUUUCCAGCCAUUCCUAGCAUCAUGGGCACGCAAAGGCGACGAGAAUCCCCUUGGCCUACGCGAUACUACCGAAUCCCUAGUGAUCGUAAGCUUCGCAGUCAACUGGGAUAAGCGAACUGACGAUGAAUUUGUCAAAUCAACUGUUCAUCUCACACUUGAAAAGAUCGAAGCAUUCGCUGCAGCCAAUAAGACGAGUCACAGGUUCCGGUACUUGAAUUAUUGCAAUGAAUGGCAGAAACCAUUUGAGAGCUAUGGUGAGGAGAAUUGGCAAUUCCUCAAGGAUGUGAGCAGGAAGUACGAUCCAGAAGGCCUGUUCCAACGAGGCUGCGUAGGUGGAUUCAAGCUUGAUAUUGAGAAAAGAGCUCGUGACUAA